AUGAAACGUAUUCUUAUUUUUCUGGUAUUUGUUGUUGCUCUCGCACAGAUAGCUAAUGGGAAUUAUGCUCAGGCCGAAAUGUAUCUCUCAGGGACAAAUGACUUUAUUGGAACGAUCGGCUUCAACGAGCAAGAAGUAGCUUGGGGUGUUAUCAUUUCCGGUUCUGUUAAUCGUUUGAGACCCAUGGCAACGUUGGGUUUUCAUAUUCAUUCAUUACCCAUUGAUGACAAUCACAAUUGUUCAGCUGGUGGAGCUCAUUUCAAUCCCUACAAUGUGUCUCAUGGCAUGCCUAGAGAUUCACAACGGCAUGUCGGCGAUUUAGGUAACAUUGAAACAGAUGGUAAUGGCAGAGCCUAUAUUGCAAUGCGUGAUAAUGUCAUUUCGAUCGGAUUCGAUAAGACAAGAAAUGUAAUUGGUUUACCGCUUAUGAUCCAUAAUUUGACUGAUGAUGGAGGUCACACAGGCAAAGGUGAAAGUAACACCACUGGAAAUGCUGGUCCUCGUAUAGCAUGCGGUACAAUACGUGUUCGCUAA